AUGACAUCCACCCUCUUCACGCCCAUCCAAGUAGGGCACAUGGACCUUAGCCACCGCAUCGUCCUCGCCCCCCUCACCCGGUUUCGUGGCUACUCCAGCCACGUCCCUGGGCCCCAUGCAGCAACCUACUAUGCACAACGUGGCUCCGUCACUGGAACACUCCUAGUCUCUGAGGCCACCUUCAUCUCCCAAGCUGCUGGCGGGAUGGACUUCGUCCCCGGCAUCUAUACACAAGAGCAGGUUGAAGGAUGGAAAAAAGUCACGGAUGCCGUGCAUGAGAAGGGUAGCUUUAUUUUUUGCCAGCUGUGGGCGCUUGGGAGGGCAGCAAUCCCGGAUGUCCUCUCCAAGGAGAAUAACUCCCCGUUUGUAUCUGCUUCCCCUAUCCCACUUUCCACCGACCCUGUUCCUGUCCCACAUGCCCUCACGGAGCCGGAGAUAAAAACUUAUAUCGACGCUUAUGUUACUGCCACCAGGAAUGCCGUAGCAGCAGGCUUCGAUGGCGUUGAAAUCCAUGGUGCAAAUGGAUAUCUCAUUGACCAGUUCUUGCAAGAGGCGAGUAAUACCCGAGAGGAUGGAUGGGGCGGGAGUAUCGAGAAGCGAGCAAGGUUUGCGAUUGAGAUUGCGGAUGCGCUAGUCAAGGAGGUCGGCGCUGAGAGGGUCGGCAUCAGGUUGAGUCCAUGGAGUCCCUUUCAAGACAUGGGAUCUGCCAACCCAAUCCCACAAUUCUCCUACCUCGUACGCGAGCUCCGAAAACGCAACCUCGCCUACCUCCACGUCACAGAGCCACGCGUCGGCGGCAACAUAGACGUGGACGCACCACCGCAGAGUAGCAACGAUUUUCUGCGUCAAAUAUGGUGUGAGGAGGGAAAGAGCGGCGUAUUUAUUAGCGCAGGCGGGUACACACGACAGACUGCGAUCGAGACAGCGCAGGACAAGGGGGGCAUGGUAGCAUUUGGCAGGUUGUAUAUUCCGAAUCCUGACCUCCCCACCCGCCUCAUGUGCGACCUGCCGCUUACCAAGGCGGACCGUGCAACAUUCUACCUCCCCGGGGAUCACACUGGGAAAGGAUACAUCGAUUUUCCAGCGGCCGAUGUACAAACAGAAGGGAAUUUGUGA